CCUCAUCAUUCUGUUUGCCUGCCCAUUUAGUGAUAUACCUUUUAAUUAUCCCACUGUUAUAAUAAGUUCUGUCCCAGGCUAGCUCCUGCAAUGAGCGUAGCUUCCUCUCCAUCUGCUUCAAUGAAACCUCCAAGAGGAAAGCUACCCCUCUUCACCAUCACUAUUGUGAUUUGCUCUUUUGCAUUUCUUGCUCUCUUGUAUGCUGACACUUCCAGGUCCUUUUUCAACCUUAAAUCCUGUCCUAGAAGACCUGCUGCUAAAAAGUCGAAGGACAAAACUGCAGGGGAUAAUCUUAAAGGCUUCGAAAUGGAUGACAGAUUCGAAUUCGACCCUGAAGAGUGCACUGUUAAUACUGGCAAGUGGGCUUUUAACAAAUCACUCAAGCCUUUUUACACUGACAGAAGCUGUCCCUAUUUAGACAGACAAGUUUCUUGUGUCAAGAAUGGACGGCGAGAUUCCGAUUACCAGCACUGGGAAUGGCAGCCCGACGACUGUACUUUGCCCAGAUUUAAUCCAAAGCUUGCACUUAAGAAACUAAGGGGGAAGAGGCUGAUGUUCGUAGGAGAUUCACUACAAAGGGGUCAAUGGCAAUCAUUUGUCUGUAUGGUAGAAUGGAUUAUACCUGACGACAAAAAGUCCUUGAAACGGGGUGACUUUCUUUCUGUCUUCAGAGCCAAGGAAUAUGAUGCUACCAUUGAAUUCUAUUGGGCUCCGUAUCUUAUUGAGUCCAAUACUGAUCAACCCAUCAUAGGAGAUCCAAAGAAGAGAAUACUAAAAGUGGAUUCAGUAGAAAAGCACGCCAAAAACUGGGGAGGAGUUGAUAUUCUGGUGUUCAAUACUUAUGUUUGGUGGAUGAGUGGUCUUAGACUCAAAACACUAUGGGGUUCAUUUGCAAAUGGGGCAGAAGGUUAUGAAGAAUUGGAUACACCAGUUGCUUACAAAAUAGGUUUGAAGACAUGGGCUAAUUGGGCAGACUCAAAUAUUAAUCCCAACAAGACUCGUGUCUUCUUUACUACCAUGUCACCUACACACACAAGAAGCGAAGACUGGAACAAUACAAAAGGGAUAAAAUGCUUCAAUGAAACAAAGCCAGUGAUGAAGAAGAGAUACUGGGGAAGUGGGUCUGAUAAGAAAAUGAUGAGUGUGGUGGCAAGUAUAGUGGGGAAAAUGAAUGUUCCAGUUACAAUCCUCAACAUAACACAGUUAUCAGAGUACCGCAUCGAUGCUCAUACAUCAGUGUACACUGAGACUGAGGGAAAAGUGUUGACAGAUAAAGAAAAGGCCGACCCACUGCACCAUGCAGAUUGCAUACAUUGGUGCUUGCCAGGAGUUCCAGAUACCUGGAAUCAAAUACUUCUUGCAUAUUUGUAGGCUGUAGCCGCAAACUCAAAAGCAAAUGAAGGGAAUUCAUGUGUUCCUUCUGAUCAACUGUACACAUUAGAUAUCAUGCCAUUUCUGAUUUUUCCUGUGUAAAAAAAUCUUGAAAAUUUACUAUUUAGUACCUCUAUAUCUAGUCUUCCGGUUUUAAAAAUA